AUGAUCUGUCCUGUUGGGCCCCAUGUUGCUGGGAUUGUGAGAGGGGCCAGGCUGGAGCAUGAGGGCUGCCUGGCCCAGGAGAGGGAGAAUUUCAAGGACGCUGAGCUCAGCCUUGUUGGAUGCAGCCCUGAACCCAUAGAAGACUAUCCACUGAGUGUUCAACUCUGGAGAGAGGCCAAAGAUGAGGAACUUGAGCGCAAGUCUUCAGAUGUGGUCACACCAAAAUCUGUAUAUUCUGAGCCCAGCCCUGAACCCAUAGAAGACUAUCCACUGAGUGUCUCAACUCCUGGAGAAGAGGCCAAAGAUGAGGAACUUGAGCGCAAGUCUUCAGAUGUGGUCACACCAAAAUCUGUAUAUUCUGAGCCCAGCCCUGAACCCAUAGAAGACUAUCCACUGAGUGUCUCAACUCCUGGAGAAGAGGCCAAAGAUGAGGAACUUGAGCGCAAGUCUUCAGAUGUGGUCACACCAAAAUCUGUAUAUUCUGAGCCCAGCCCUGAACCCAUAGAAGACUAUCCACUGAGUGUCUCAACUCCUGGAGAAGAGGCCAAAGAUGAGGAACUUGAGCGCAAGUCUUCAGAUGUGGUCACACCAAAAUCUGUAUAUUCUGAGCCCGCCCUUGUAGAGAAAGAGCGUGAGCAGAUUGCUUUAUCAGAGAUACAAUCCCAGACUCAGGGAGAGCUGUUCCGAGGCCAGGAGCAGGAAGAGCAGCUGAGGCACCAGGUGGAAGAGCUACAGGAGAAUGACCAGAACAUCAAGGCAGAAUCACAAGCAGAACUACCUGAAGCUGAGAUUGCCAUCACGGCCGUGAAGAGAAGGCACAAGGAGGCCAUGAGAAACGUCCAAGAGGAGAUGAAUCUCCAUGAGCAGAGAGGCGAUCAACAAAACCAGGUGAGUGCAAGAGUGUCAGACACUCCAUUCAUUGAAUAUUUCACUUCCUUUUACAGAACCUCAAGGACCAGCUGAAUGCAGAUCUGCAGGAAACUGAGACUAGGAUGAAGGCAAAGCAGAAGAAG